AUGUCAGGAGCAACUUAUUUUUUAGACAUUGCAGAACAAAUUGAGGAAAAUGUUCCGUGGGGAGUGACAGCAAACUUAUUAGUUCGUCGUUACAAAGAUAAUAUCAAGUUUAAUCCUAAUUUUCCGAAAACAGGAGGGUUCAGAGGUGCACACUCAAUAAGAGCAAUACAUCCCCGGUGA